CUUUCUUUCUUUCUUUCUUUCUCUGCCACUUUAAACCACUUCCUGUUAACAUCUUCACCGGUGAAUUUAUGUCGUUGCAACUACAUUCGACUUCCUCUUGUCAGCUUUGUCAAAACCAGGAAAUACAAGUUUUAUUUUGAAAUUGAUGCAGCACAGCUCAUUUGAAUUCUUGAAAGCCAAUGUUUGUUUACUGAGGCUUUUGACAAUUUGGAGGCACUCAUGUGUGUUAAUGAUGGUAUCAUCAGUCUGAUUAAUGGCGUUUAAGAUAUGAAUAAGUCCCACGUGGUUUAAUGGACGGCUCACUGGUUCAACAGGCCGCAUAAGUGGACAAUAUGACCAACGGCAGACAGUACAUGGUACAAGUCAGGGUCUAAUUGGUUUCAGAUAUUUUCGAAAUCAGCUCCUGAAGGUGUGUCUGGGUUUACUGUUACUACUACGGCAUGAAGGAUGGGCCAAACCUGCUCGGAUCUGUCGCACAGCAGCGCCGCCACCCCAGGCAGAACGCGGUGGAGCGCAGACGAGAACCAGCAGCGAGUCUGCGUCCGCGAACCGAGGAGCGGAGAGAAGCCACGGAGAGGACAUUUCAGGAGGAAUCCGAUGAAAAAUAAAGUGCUGUCGUGUCUUGGAAGGAGAAAGCGAGACUCCAGCCAAACAGAAGGCGGUUUCUGUUGCGGAAACGGAGCGGCGGCGACGCGACGCGAUCACAGAGUGGGAAAGUUGCCCAGGGACGAGGCUGUGUCGGCGGUUGGGGAACGGGGAGCAGCAGCCACGGGUUGUUUGAAAACACCGACGAGCCUGGAUGCCAACACCGACGCUUACCAAGACGCCGUGACCGGAGAGGAGACGACUGGCUCGUCCGAUGCGUCGGGUACCGUUAAGCGGCCUGGUGAAGUCAGCGGUGCGGGCAUCGAGGAUCCGAAACCCGAGCGGGAAGACAAUGCCUCGGAUCCCCCAGCGAGGGCCAUGGAAGAUCAUCCACUGGGGGCAACAAACAACGACGGUCGCCCUGAGCCCGAGGUUCGGUUAUUGACAGGGAGUUGUGUGACCGCAGCCGCUCCGUUCACCUCUGACCCGGACAUUCAGCGGACUCUGACUACUUCGCUCCCGGAUCAACCUUUGGACAGUGGACUGUCGAUAACGGACGAACACACGGAGGCAGAAAUGACAAAAACUGACCGCAGCGACGUCUCAUGUCCGCCCAGCGCGGCCGGGGAUUUAAACAACUGCUGUGCGGUUGAAACCGAGCACAGAAAAGACUCUGGUCAGGACACAUGGAUCCCGACAGGAACACCGAGUUACCCGGGGACCAUACCGAAACUCAUUAUAACCAGGGACCCCAGUCCAAUCCGCUCCCACGGGGCCCCGCCUUUGCUGACCGUCUCCACGGAUCUCAGCUCUUGUCUGGAGCCUCGCGCCGAGGACGAGUCUCCCUGCUCGGACAGCGGCUGCGGGGGCUCCCCGGCCCUGAUGCGCUCACUGAGGAAGUUGUCCAACUCAUCGUCCAUCGGCCUUUCCUCCGCAUCGUCCUUUGAGGAGUCCGAGGAUGACUUCACCGGCAGCGACAUUGAAUCCAGUUUGUCUCCUGCCCGGUCUCUGUGCAGUCCAGACGACGGGACAGUGAACAAGUCCUGGCAAAAGUUGAAGACUAUGGUCCACUGGUCCCCCUUCAUUGUGUCCUUCAAGAAGCGCUACCCAUGGGUGCAAUUAGCUGGCCAUGCAGGUAACUUCCAAGCAGGAGAAAACGGACGCUUGCUAAAGCGAUACUGCGAGUGUGAACAGCAGUGUCUACAGAAACUGAUGAAGGACACUCUGCGUCCCCACGUACCUGGUUAUCACGGUGUGGUGCAGCGAGACGAGCAGGACUAUAAUGUGAUGGAUGACCUGCUGGCCGACUUUGAGUCACCCUCCAUCAUGGAUUGUAAGAUGGGCAGCAGGACAUACCUUGAGGAGGAGCUGGUAAAAGCUAGAGAGCGUCCACGCUUGCGGAAGGACAUGUAUGAGAAGAUGGUUGCGGUGGAUCCCGGCGCCCCAACAGAGGAGGAAAGGGCCCAGCAGGGAGUCCUCAAACCCAGAUACAUGCAGUGGAGGGAGACACUCAGCUCCACGGCCACUCUGGGCUUCCGCAUCGAAGGCAUUAAGAGAGCUGAUGGAACAUGUAACACCAACUUCAAGAAGACAAAGAACAGAGAGCAGGUGAUGCAGGCCCUGAAGGACUUUGUGGAUGGCAACACUCAAAUUUUGAAACUCUACCUGCAGCGGUUGGAGGACCUUCGCUCGGUCCUUGAGCAGUCACACUUCUUCAGGACGCAUGAGGUUGUGGGCAGCUCUCUGCUGUUUGUGCACGAUGCAUCUGGAAAGGCCAGAGUGUGGAUGAUCGACUUCGGGAAGACGGUUCCACUCGUGGAACCUCAGACCCUGGACCACAGGAGUCCCUGGUCGGAGGGCAACAGGGAGGACGGCUACCUGUGGGGACUGGACAACCUCAUAGACAUUUUCACAAGUAUGCUCCCUCACACGCCUUGAUGAGGACGAUCAAGACUGGAAUGAGAGUUUCCAAGCUGUGGAAAAAAAAAAUGCAACAUGAGGAGAAUCUGAGGGAAAGUAAAGACUGCCAAAGGAAUGAUUAGAAGAGUUUGAUUGCUUUUUUUUUUUUUUCAAAACCUACACUAUGAUCCAAGUGUCUUUAUCCUCUUGUUCCUGUUUUGAGAAGAGGAGGAAAAGCAUUGACAAGAUUUCUAUUACAAAGUGGAACAUGCUAAAGGCCAAUGUUGUGCAUUAUGCUCCGAUUUUUGGAAAUUACAGACAGACCUGCGAUCAGGUGGUAGGUAAGGUACUAAAAAGACGAAGAGGGAGAAUUCUGUGUAGAAUUCUAUCAUUUGUCACUGACCGUGAGAACAUGAUCCUCUGACUUCAUGGAUCCUUGAUAGUCAUUAUUUCCUGCAAAGACGCAUAUUUAGCAUCACUCAGCUCCCUCUUCACCAGCUCCCUCUGCUGGUUAGAGUUGCACAGAGCACUCUGUCAGACCUUAAUUUAUUACAGCAGUAUAAAACCUAUUUUUACACAGUUGUGGAGUUUGGCUAAUGGAGUUUUAUUAUUGUCAUGGACCACCUUUGAUGUUUAAAUAUACAGCAACACUAAAACACUGGUCAGACCACGUGUUAACUAACUUGGUGUGUAAAUACAAUUUUAUUUAAAGUUAUUUUUGGCCUUGGUAUAUCCUCCUUAUCUUGUUUGUAUAACUUCUGUGCCUAGCAUUUUUAAAGAAAGAGCUGUUUGAUCAUUCCAGUGCAGUGAACUCCCGCUGGGUUUGUUUCUUCUUCCAAAGACUUAACCCACGUGGUUUACAUCUAAUCCCGAGGUUUAACUUCUAGUAGAAGCUGAAAGUGUUUCAUUAUUUGGAUUUUUGUAUGAUUAUGCAGUGAAAGAUUUAUUUUUUAUUUUUUUUUCCAAGCCACUGUGCAUGAAUCAACUUGGCUGCCAAGUAGUUUGUCUGGAAUUUGUUGCACUAUGAAUUCUCACAAAGCCAUUGAACAAAUCAAGCAGUGCCUCGGCGUGUCUUACAGUGGGAAGCAGCAGCCAAGUACUGGGUUUACAGAUGCAGACGUUAAGCAACUUAACAGGGAUUUAAACUGGUGUUCUCACUCUAUGCUCUCCGGUCAGUGUUGUUUCAGAUUUACAGUUUUACAUUUGGAAAAAAAAAAAAGAAGUGGUGUAAAGGGUGAAAUGAAACUGGAAUUACUCGAUUGAACUGAUAAGGUUUUGUUUUUUUAGUCUAUUCAUGAAAUUUCAUUUGUGUACCAACUUACACCUGAUCUUGAAACAUGUCUUAUGAUUCAGAGGAUAACGUGUUAUUGGAUGUGAGGCUGUUGCUGUCAAACAUGUUGUAAACCUCACUUUGUGGGUUUGAAUUUUUGUACACAAGAUCUGGAGUUUAUGAUAAAUUUGGACGAUUGUAAUUUCCUGGACUAGAACGCAGCAGGUCAGUGGACACAACAGUCUCCUAGAUGUCCUUGGACUGUGUCAUGCAGCACUGUGAGUGUGGGCGUGUGAAUGAGUGUGUGGACAUUUGGACUGGCACACAAACUGUCUACAUGGGUGUUGACUGCUGACCUCAUGAUAUUGAAAUUUAAAAUUCAGGAAACUAGUUUUUUCCAUCUUUAAAUGAAAUACACAUAUGAGAGGAAUAAAGAUGUUUACAAAAUAUUUUAUCUCUUUACCUGCAAAUCUAUAUUUGUAAAAUGUCAAACUAUCAGCUUUACAGAGUGGGUGCUGCUUUAUUAGUAAGAGAACUGGAUUCACAGCCACAUUUUGUAAAGGCCAUGCAUUUUUAAGUUGUAAAACAGAGACAGACUGCUGAAAAUGGUUAAUGAAUCCCUGCUUUGUUCAGAAGGUCGUGGAUUGCAAUAAACUGGAAAUUAAGA